AUGACACUUGCUACAUUUCUGAAAGUUCACCCUCCGACCUUUAGGGGAACCUCAAAUCCCACAGAUGCAGAUAAUUGGAUUCAAGCUAUGGAACGGGCACUGCAGGCUCAGCAGGUUCCUGAGGAGCAAUGGGUUGAGUUUGGAACUUAUCAGCUGCAGGGUGAGGCUCAGCAUUGGUGGCAGAGGACACGACGUAUCCUGCAGCCAGAUGGCGCUGUGAUUCCUUGGGAGGUUUUCCGAACAGAGUUCUAUAAGAAAUACUUUCCUAAUUCAGCCAGAAAUGCCAAAGAACUUGAAUUGAUGCAGUUAAAGCAGGGACAGAUGACUAUUGCUGAGUAUACUAGCAGGUUUGAGGAGUUAUGUCGCUUUUCUCGUAUUUGUCAAGGUGCGCCUGAUGAUUUUGCUGAGUGGAAAUGUAUUAAGUAUGAGGGAGGUCUUCGAAGUGAUAUUCUGAGCUUCGUUGCACCAAUGGAGAUCAGAGUGUUUUCAGAACUGGUAAACAAAAGUAGAGUUGCUGAGGAUUGUCUGAGAAAGGCGACAUCAGAUAAGAGUGAUCAGCGAAUUUUUGUUAGGAGAGAUCAGGGAAGGAACUUCGCCCCUAGAGGACCAGAUUUUAAGCGAGGCGGUUACACCCGACAACCACAUUUGGGUCAGAAUAACUUUCAGAGAUUCAGUAAUAAUAACAGCCAGGGAAGAGGCAAAGGAAAACAAGCUCAAACCCCACCGAAUGAUUUAACUUGUAGAAGGUGUGGAAAGUACCACCCGAAUACUCCGUGCAGGGCUGGUUUAGGUGUAUGCUAUUACUGUGGUGAAGCUGGGCAUUUGUCUUGGAAUUGUCCAGAAAAGAAGAAGAAUUAA